AACCUGCCCUGUCUGCUUUUCUUAGCUAGCACAAGGACAAGGACAGAUCAGACCUCUCCACAUUCAUUCUCUGACACGAUUCGAGGAUUUGAGGAUACUGCGGAAUUCGUUGACUCGGGUCCGGAUAUUGAAUUUCAUAAUCCAUACGAAAAAGCUGAUUGAAGAUGGCGACUACCCCAUCGCAAGUUACAUCGUCUCGAGUCCCUUCAACCAUGAUUCUUCCUGAGGGUCUUACUGCAGAUUCAAUCAAUACAAUUCCAGUUCUCUGCGAAACACUUUCUCGUCUCCAAAACUUCUCUCCAAGUAAUCCAUCCGCAGCUUCUCCGCCAGGCGCGACCCCUUCGUUCAAUGCAAACAGUAACGGGCCGUUAAAUAUCAAAGAUAUCUACGCCGCGACAGAUGGCAUUAAACAUAAGUUACAAAAGGCGAGGGUGAGUGUGAAGGGUAUGCCGGAUAUGCAUAGAACUAUUGAAGACCAGGAAGAGGAGAUAAGGGAGUGCGAGGAGAAGAUUGGACAGCAGAAGGAAGUUUUGAAUCUGUUGAUGAAAGUAGGAUUGAAUAUGAAGAAAGAGCGAGAGGUUCUGGAGAUAAAAUGGAAACUUGAGAGACUGGAUAGUCAAGAGAAGAAAGAAAGAAAGAAAGAAAGAAAGAAAGAAAGAAAGAAAGAAAGAAACAAACAUUACUUUCGUAACGGGGAACACACUUCAUGAAGAAAGAGGCCCAACGGGAUGAGUCAGGUGUUCAACACCAUGGAAUACCUUGUGAGGUACGCUAAAUAAAGCUCCUUCAAGAUCGAACCGGCUUUUGGAAGCAUUAUCGUGCGCUGAGCGCUCCCCAUGGCGCGAGACUGGACGCGGAGUGUUGGGAUGACUAGAAGUUCGGGUAGAGCAAAAUGCAUACUCGUUCCUCAGCGGCGAUGCUAUUAUGA